CGACUACAGCCGUCACCUGGACUUCUGAUUGGCUGAGAGCUUUCAUCCGGGUACCGGGCUAGGACGAGCUCAUUAGCUAAAGGUACCAAUAUGGCGGAGGCUUCUCUAGGAGGUUCAAGUCCAGUUGGCUCUUUAUCAUCAGAGGACCAUGACUUUGAUCCAACUGCAGAAAUGUUAGUUCAUGAGUAUGAUGACGAAAGGACCUUGGAAGAGGAGGAGUCUUUAGACGGUGGGAGGAACAUCCACUCUGAACUGGCAGAUCUUGAAAGGGAAGGGAACAUGCCUUUGGAAGACCUUUUGGCCAUUUAUCGCUAUGAGGCUUCAGCAGGCUCAAGUAUAGACAGUUCCUCUGGAGAUCUGACUGAUGAGCUGCCAGACAUGACAUUGGAUAAGGAGGAAAUAGCGAAAGAUCUGUUAUCUGGGGAUUAUGAGGAGGAGACCCAAUCUUCAGCUGAUGACCUGACCCCAUCUGUUACUUCUCAUGAAACCACAGAUUUCUUUCCAAGAACACUUCGAUCCAAUGCUGUCUCUGAUGGGGAUAAAGAAUCAGAGUGUGAUGACCUAGGGCCAAGCCCUGAUGACUCUGGAAAAGAAAUCAUGGUAGGAUCAGAGUUCCAAGCAGCGGUGCCAUAUACGCUCUGUCACUAUGAAGAUGGUGAAAAAGCGUAUGAAGAUGAUGACGAGUUGCUGUGGAGCCCUGACGUUUUGUCAGAAAACAAGGUUAGGAGUUACCUCUCUGAAGUAUUGUCACGGACGACAGAUGAAAGCACAGGAUAUGACAAACCAGGGAUGCAUGUUCGAGAUGAUGAGCAGGCUUUGUAUGAGCUUGUAAAAUGUAACUACAACACCCGUGAAGCACUAGAGAGGUACUGCAGCCACGAGAGAUCAUCUAAAGAAAAAUCUCCUCCAUGGUCGGAGGAAGAAUGCAGGAACUUUGAACACGCUCUCCAGAUGUAUGACAAGAACUUUCACCUCAUUCAGAAACACAAAGUAACGACACGGACGGUAGCAGAAUGCGUCGCAUUUUAUUAUAUGUGGAAGAAGUCUGAGCGCUUCGACGUCUUUGUGCAGCAGAAUCGGUUUGGCAAGAAGAAAUACAGCAGUUAUCCUGGUGUAACUGACCUGAUGGACAGGCUGGUGGACGAAGCAGAAGGACUGGCAGUGGACAGCUCGUCCUCUGUGUGUUCAGGGACAGGUGGAGGAAGGAUGGAGACCACAACAGAGCAGCAGCUCAGUCUGCUGAACUCCAUCACUGCUAGCGACCUCACAGCUUUGAGCAACACCGUAGCCACAGUAUGCACCCCUGGGGAGGUGGGUUGCUUGGACUCCUACAGCUUCCCUCUGGAAAGCCUCCAUCGUGGAUCCUUGAACCACAACGAAUCCCUCGGGUUCUCUUCCAACGGCGCUGACCCCGACUGCCUCAACAUGCUCGACGCAGGAUUCUACCACCCAGAAUUGGGGCAGCUCGGAGGAGUUUGCGUCAACAAAGACUGCGAGCGACCCUCCAAGAGACUCAAGAUGACAUUGCCUGACUCAUUUAUCAAUGAUGUUUCUGUCGCUAACCUGGGGGUUGACUUUGAAGCCCGACGGACAACAACACAUCACCACCGGAUCACCGGGGCCAAAAUGGCCGUGUCCGUCACAGACUUUGGGAGUUUAGCUGGCAGCGGCGAGCCCAACGGGUUUCUUUCAGCGCACGCACGACACCACACACAACACACUGCAGCACUUCAGUCAGAGUGAUCUUCCUCGUCUUCUUCCUCUGUUCUUCCCUUUUGAAACAUUUUUUUUUUUUUUCCUUGCUUGUACAUAAGACUGACCUUACUGGAAAAUCUUGUUUAAAUUCUAUUAUAAAUAUAUAUAUAUAUAUAUACAUAUCUAUAUGUAUAUGGAUAUACUUUGUUUUCAUUUUUUGUGUAAUAUGACAUCAGUGAUGUCUACCAUAUAGAACUAAAUCUUGAUUUCUCUCAAGAGUUUAUAUAGCCAUUUGUUUUAUUAUUUUGUUUGCGUUUUCGAGAUGUUUAACGUCCGUGUGUCGUGGGGCCCAGAAGCUGCAGUAGGAGAGUUUGGAAUCUUCUUUUCUUGCAUAUACAAGCUUCUUCAGCGCUACACUCUGUUAUCCUGCCAUUCUUUUCAGCUGCCAAAACAGAUGUUCUGCCUCUAGUGUUAGCAGUUAGAUGCUUGUCGUUAUUUGGUGUGGUACUUAUUUAAUUUCUUUUUUUCUAAAGUUGUGUUUGGUUUACAGGUACCUUCAGUAAUUGGAAUGGUGCAUAUUGUUUUUUUUUUUUUAUUUGUUUUUUUUUUACCCUGUCCCGAAGCAACACUAGCAUGCAGAUUACCUGAAAGGCCAGGAAGUGUUAUGACAUAAACUGCAUGAGCCCUUUAGUCCGAGUUAUUUAUAGAGAUGCACCAAUCAGAAUCUUGUCGCAGGUUUUUUCACAAAGCUUUGACCUUAAACUCUCUAAUUUUGUUCCACAUCUUAAUACUCUUUGAGUUGCAAGAAGAUAAGAGAACAGCCAAUCACAAUAGCAUUUGAUUUGCCAUUAGUGGUGAUAAAUAAUUUAUAUUGGGAGGAGAAGUUAGGCGUUGCUUUAUGUUGGAGAGCUGUUACUGUAAAACAGAUUUUAGUAUUAAAAAACACAAUCUGAUCACAGAAUUGGUAUUUUGUUAGCAGUUAGGUUAGCAUUGAAUAAUCCUAAUCAUGAUUUGCAUUCAGAAGAGAAUGAAGGUCCUUCAUUUUGUUUUCCAAAAGGCAUCAUCACCGUCACAUCUAGCAUGUUCUGACAGACGGUAAAACGCAGAGCAACUUAACAAAAUUCUAUAUUUUUUUCUAUUUUUUACUUGCACUCUUGCAACCUGAAUAAACUGCAAAUAUUAAAAAAAGUUCUCGCAUUUUAAAUCCCCUUGCUGAUACUGUAACUUAGUUUUCACUCAGUUACAGUAUCAACAGUUAGGGUUUUAAUGUUGGUAUGUGAUAGUGCUUGCAUAUGAUGCAUUAAUACAUAUAAAGUCUUUUUUUUUUGUUAUUUGAAAUUGUAGUGACAGUUUGUUGGUGCAUCUCUUGUCUGAGUUGACUAAUUUAAAAGGUGCAAAUCUUUGAACAAUCACAUUUUUUUUUCUCCCUAUAAACCCAAAUUCUUGGCCUUUGAUUUGCUCUAAUACCAUCUUCUUAACAGCUGGGGAAGAAAACUUUUGCAGUCUGGUAUAAUGGGAGUCGUACAGUUUUCCUUUUUCUCCCUGUCGUGAAAUCUUCCUCUGAGCUAACUGUAACAGCAAUAUAGCAAUGCAACGACUGGUUGGGGUAAUAGCCAUGUAAACACUGACACAAUAUAGCUCUGUAUUUAUUGAAUACACUUUGAAUUUUCUGACUUAAUUUAAUUCUUUUGAGUUUAUUCAUGCUGCUCUUUGGCACGUUUUCCUGUAUAGUUCCUUAUUACAUUUGGUAUAAUAUGUUCCUUAAUCACGUAGCGUCUAUUUGUUUUUCCACUAUUGGCAUGUUUUGCUUUACCAGCUGGUGGUGUUUUGUUUAUUUAAAGCCUCUCUUGAGUUGUUUGUAACCUCUGCUUAGCCUGUGCUGAUGAAAGAUUCCUUUUGAAACUUGAUUGACGAUUUCACGGUAGUCUAGUAGCAGAAAUGGAGCGGUUUUUACUUGACUGAAUUCCUUAAUUGUAAAAAAAAAACAAAAAAACAAAGGAAAAGGGUUGGGCAGGUUGGCGUCAGUAAAUUGGAUGCAGUAGUAGUGUUUACUUAAUUUAUCUAUGCAUCAUGCUAUGGGUGUUUAGUUUAUUUCAGGGGCACAUAAAGUCUGUUUUGUCCAGUAGGUGUUUGCAUUUUCCCCAUGUUUGUGUAAAGAUCAAAUGCACACCCACCUACCAUCACUAAGUUCCUUCAUGUAAAAUUGGUUUAAAGGCCCAGCAUUAGAGAAGUUAGCUUCAUCUGCAUUUCAUGUAAAUAAUUAGCAAAUAGCCUUUAAAAAGCCUAUUAACUGACCUCUUACACUUGUGAGUCUGUGUUGAUACAAAGGUUUUAAAUUUGAUUCUCUGUCAGAAAGGCAAUAAUUUGUAGAUAUGUACAGACUUAUUUUUUUUCUCCUCCCCUCACAUUUAAAGAUUCGACUUGUUCAAAAUAUAAUUUCUCUGUUGGGAAAGUCAGCCAAAACAGCAGGCAGCAGCUGAAACCAUGCAUGUUCGGCUGGGCCUGCCUCUCCAGUGUACCACAGAAAACAGCUUUACCUGAAGAUGUGCUGGUAGUACCCGGUGGUGCGGUUUUUGCAGCCAUGUGUAAAAGACACUCACCUUUCUUUCCUAGAUCUUUUUACAUGUUGUCGAUAUUUGUAUUGAUGGUAAAGGGAUGGCUGCUGAUUCAAAGUUUGGAGGUGGAGCCCGUGUCUCUUUUAAUGCAAUGUGCAUAAUGCAGUAGGUCCUCCAAGCUCUUCUAGCUUUAGCAGUGCAGUGAUAUUUAUUUCACCUGUGGUUUGUACAAAGAAUAAAAACUGUCAGAAUGUAAAGGCCAUUAAGUAGUUUGAGUAGGUUCUCACCUCCCUGUGAACUCGAAAAUGUGAUAUUUUAUUGAUAUCUCUGGUUUUGAGAUUUGUGCGUGCAGGAAAGCACUAAGCAAAUUUAUUUUAUAUUUUGUAUUGUGUUUAGAAGUUUAAAAGUGAAACAGAAUAUAGCAGUCAGUGGUUUUGAAAAUGAAAAUUCUCUUCCUUUGAAAACAAUAAACACCUUUGUGAAUAAAAACACCCUACAAAACCUAAACAUGUAUAUCCAGAAAUAUAGACAAUCAAAAACCUCAGUAUGAGAAAUGUUCAAGAAGCUAUCUUUAUUGUUUAUAAAAUUGUACAUAAACAUUGCUUUUUUUUUCUUUUGUUAAACAUUAUUUUGUAUUUUCUGUUGUACUUUAAUACCUUGUGUACAGAUCCAGAAAUAAAGCUCUGGAAAAGGUUCA